AUGGCAAAGGACGAAAACCGCCAUGCAGCAGCACCACCACCAGCUGCGAAGAGCAAGUUUUACGUGAAAAACGCCCUUUUUUCCAUGCUCUCGCUCUACGUCGCCCACCAAAUUGGCGGCUACCUCUUGAAUCGAGAAGACCCGAUUGUCUGCAAUGUGCACGUGAAUGACCACUCGUGGUUUGGCGAGAGACGGUACGAUUCCUUACGGUUCUUUGACCCUAAAAAGACGCACUAUGAGACCCAAUAUGUGGCCAUGCGAGACGGCAUUGAAUUAGCCGUCGAUUUGUACUUAGCCGACUACCUCCACGACACCCAGCAGAAAGUCCCUACUGUGCUCUUCCCGACCCGUCACGGUCGGGGGUACACUCUUGACUUCCCCUUUAGUCUCUUUGCCCGUUACGAACGCAAGUUUACAAACCCUCGAGUUAAUGCCUAUAUCCAGCGUUUUAUCACAAAUGGGUACGCUUGGGUGGCAGUGGACAUUCGGGGUACAGGGGCUUCAGCUGGCACGAAAGCUCAUGAUUUUGCUGAUAGUGAGGUACAAGAUGGUUACGAUAUUAUCGAGUGGAUCACGCAGCAAGCCUGGAGCAAUGGAGAAGUUGCAGUAUUUGGACAAGGACUGGAUGGAGUUGGAGCUUAUUUGGCUGCAGCAAGUGGGCAUAAGGCACUGAAAGCCGUGUCGGUUAAUAGUGCCCCGAUGGAUGUAUUCCAGGACGUCUUGUUCCCUGGAGGGGUGAAGAAUGUCAAGGCAUUGAGGGACUGGGCUUCGUUCACAAGUGCUACCGAUCGCCAAGUCCGGUGGAACGAGAUCCCGACGUUUAAACCGAGACUGAUGCUUAAACACUUUGGCGGAAACGUCUACCGCGUGGAUGAUGCUGAUGAUGCGAAGUUUGACAAGUAUAUUGCCCAGCACAUGGAGAACCCGAAUUUGGUUACUGAACUCAUGGACGUGCAGUUUCGAGACGAUAAGCUUGCGUCAAGUAAUGCCACCAUUGAGCACAUGGAUGCCAUUCGUCAUCUUGGUGUACUUGCAGCUUCAGGCGUGGCGUUGCAGAUGUCAGCUGGGUUCUUUGAAAUGGGCGUUGCACGCUCUAGUAUUUUGCUGUUCCAGUACUUGACGAACACUCUGGAUGAGGACACGGCGUCGCUGCUGCCAGUACUGCCGAAGGAGGCGCUGGAGGCUGUGGAAAAGGACGCGACGCACUAUCGACUGACGCUGGGACCGUGGAGUCACGGUGGUGUUGACAACGUGGACCCGUUUGCUUUAUCGAAACAAAAGUGCUUUUACCACUUGGACGAGGUGAGCCGCUUCUUUGAUCACCACAUGUACGUUAACCGCCGAGAGAUUACGAAACUCGAUUCGGAGCUGCCCGUGCACUACUUUACGAUGGCGCACAAUCGCUGGAAAGAGUCGAGCACGUGGCCACCGACUCAUUUAAGUGACAAGACGUUCUACCUUGGUGCUAGCCAGGAAUUUCAGUCCGAGCCUGAACAUGUGACAAACGCGGUGACUCGCAACGUGUCGACGAAGCCCAUGCUGGAAUACGUUUCGCGCUGGAAUAUGCUUGAUCAUUUGUUCGGCCUGCGUCCGAUGUACUACAAUGACCGCACGCUACUGACUGAACAGUAUACGACGUUUUUGACCUCAGAGCUACCGCUGACAGAAAUCACGGGUGAAGCAGAGCUGCGUCUUUAUUUCUCGGCCAAUCAGUCUGCUGUCAACCUCGUGGCUUACCUUGAGGAUGUCGACUUUACGGCUCCGUUCCCGAACGAGAACAAGCGCCCUGGUGUCACGUAUAUAACUGAGGCAUUAUUGAAUCCUAUGCACGACACGAUCCGUCCGGAUGCAACUGUGCACUCGUUUAAGCGCGCCGACUCGCGUGAAAUCGUUCCCGGCCAGGUUUACGAGGCUAUUUUCCGAUUCCAGCCAACGUCGUACGUUGUCAAGCGCAACCAUCAGAUCCGUGUUGCCGUAGGUCUUGCCAGUCCGCCAGACUUUGGCUCGCCCAACGGUCAGGAAGCGACGACGCUCACGAUUCACUUUGGUGGUGCCUACCCGACCAGGAUCACUUUGCCAUCUUACACAGGGGUGUACGAUGCGAAUAUUGUGCCGCGUGAUGAGGUGGAGGAAGAGUUGGAAUCGAUUUCGACUGAGGAAUCCGAUAAGCUUUCGGAAGAAAAGGUGGCGGUCAAAUUGGCCGGUGACGUCGAGGGCAGAGAUGAGCUGUAG